GUUCCUCAGCAACUUCCGCCUUUGACGUAUCUCCGCGGGGAAUGCACUUCCGGUAACAGCACCUAGAGCGGCCGAGGCAAGAUGGGUCAAAGUCAGAGUGGUGGUCAUGGUCCUGGAGGUGGUAAGAAGGAUGACAAGGACAAGAAAAAGAAAUAUGAACCUCCUGUACCAACUAGAGUGGGGAAAAAGAAGAAGAAAACAAAAGGACCAGAUGCUGCCAGCAAACUGCCACUGGUGACGCCUCACACCCAGUGCCGUUUAAAACUACUCAAGUUAGAGAGAAUUAAAGACUAUCUUCUCAUGGAGGAAGAGUUUAUUAGAAAUCAGGAACAAAUGAAGCCGUUAGAAGAAAAGCAAGAGGAGGAAAGGUCAAAGGUGGAUGAUCUGAGGGGAACCCCAAUGUCGGUAGGAACCUUGGAAGAGAUCAUUGAUGACAAUCACGCCAUCGUGUCUACAUCUGUGGGCUCAGAACACUACGUCAGCAUCCUUUCAUUUGUGGACAAGGACCUGCUGGAGCCAGGCUGCUCAGUCCUCCUCAACCACAAGGUGCAUGCUGUGAUCGGGGUGCUGAUGGAUGAUACAGAUCCUCUGGUCACAGUGAUGAAGGUGGAAAAGGCCCCCCAGGAAACCUAUGCUGACAUUGGUGGGUUGGACAACCAAAUCCAGGAAAUUAAGGAAUCUGUGGAGCUUCCUCUCACCCAUCCUGAAUACUAUGAAGAAAUGGGUAUAAAGCCCCCUAAGGGGGUCAUUCUCUAUGGUCCGCCUGGCACAGGUAAAACCUUGUUAGCCAAAGCAGUAGCAAACCAAACUUCGGCCACUUUCUUGAGAGUGGUUGGCUCUGAACUUAUUCAAAAAUACCUGGGCGAUGGGCCCAAACUUGUACGGGAAUUAUUUCGAGUUGCUGAAGAACAUGCACCAUCCAUUGUGUUCAUUGAUGAAAUCGAUGCCAUUGGGACCAAAAGAUACGAUUCAAACUCUGGAGGUGAGAGAGAAAUUCAGCGAACAAUGUUGGAACUGCUGAACCAGUUGGAUGGAUUUGAUUCACGGGGAGAUGUGAAGGUUAUCAUGGCCACAAACCGAAUAGAGACUUUGGAUCCAGCACUGAUCAGACCAGGGCGCAUCGACAGGAAGAUCGAGUUCCCCUUGCCCGAUGAAAAGACCAAGAAGCGCAUCUUUCAGAUCCACACAAGCAGGAUGACACUGGCCGAUGAUGUAACCUUGGACGACCUGAUCAUGGCCAAGGAUGAUCUCUCUGGUGCUGACAUCAAGGCAAUCUGUACAGAAGCUGGUCUCAUGGCUUUGAGAGAACGUAGAAUGAAAGUAACAAAUGAAGACUUCAAGAAAUCUAAAGAAAAUGUUCUUUAUAAGAAACAGGAAGGGACCCCUGAGGGGCUGUAUCUCUAGUGAACCACAGCUGCCUUUAGGCAAGUGGUUGGGACUUUUCUCAACCCUGGGAAGGACGAGGUUUGGGGAGGUGCCGAAGGAGACUGUGUUACAGUUGGUUUUUAUUGGCAAAGCAUGUCGUGUCUUUUCCAGUAUGACGUUCGGUGCCUACUGGAUGGCCUUUGUCUGUGGUCACUGUGCUGCUUGCUCUCUGCUUCCCAAUAAAAUGUACUCUUUCACAAACA